AUUUGAGAGAGUGAAAAGAAUCCGUUAUCACCUCCGUCGCACGGCUGCCGUUAAUGCGUCCCGUUCCUGUUCGAUUUUCUCAGUGAAUCCCAAUUGGUCAACAAGAACAUCAAUGGGCCUCUUUUCCGGAUUCAGGCAAUCAGUUGGUCGAUUUUGCCCGGUUGUUCCACGUAUGGAUUGGAGGAAUAGGAUAUCUUUCGGUUCCUUUCCCAAUUUGAGGGUCUUCUUCCUGCAGGGGAGAACAAAUGAAGUGGUGCUUGGUACUCACACUAUUAAGUCUGAUGGAGCCAGAGUUGCCAGGGAUCACCUGUCUGACUGGCUUAUAUUGCUGCUUCUUGUGGUCAUAGAGAUCAUUCUAAUUGUCAUACACCCAUUUCGCCGCUUUGUUGGAAAGGACAUGAUGGAGGACCUUAAAUAUCCGUUGAAGGAAAAUACUGUCCCUGUAUGGGCUGUUCCUAUGUAUGCAGUUCUAUUGCCUAUUGUCAUUUUCCUUAUCUUCUAUCUUCGAAGGAGAGAUGUUUAUGAUCUACACCAUAGUGUGCUAGGCCUUCUGUUUGCUGUCUUAAUAACCGCAGUCCUUACUGAUGCAAUAAAAGAUGCAGUUGGCCGCCCUCGACCUGACUUCUUUUGGCGUUGCUUUCCAGAUGGAAUUGAUAAAUAUGAUCGCUGGGGUAAUGUAAUUUGCCAUGGAAAAGGCAGUGUCAUCAAAGAAGGGCACAAGAGCUUUCCAAGUGGUCACACUUCGUGGUCCUUUGCAGGUCUGGGAUUUUUGUCAGUAUACUUGUCUGGAAAACUCAAAGCAUUUGACCAGAGAGGACAUGUUGCAAAACUAUGUAUUGUGUUUCUCCCUCUCCUCAUUGCAGCUCUGGUUGGCGUUUCUCGGGUGGAUGACUAUUGGCACCACUGGCAAGAUGUGUUUGCUGGAGGUCUCUUAGGUCUUGUUGUUGCAGUAUUUUGCUAUCUGCAGUUUUUUCCACCUCCUAACCGUGACAAUGGAUGGGGCCCUUAUGCUUAUUUCCUGGCAUUGGAACAGGCUAAUAUGAACUCACAGCCGGGCUGCCCUGUGAACGAGUCCAAUGCGCCAGUUGCAGGAGGUCAAGUUGUCGAUCAACAAACAGGACAACGUAAUGGUGCUUCUGUAGAGCAUCAUAACCCGAGCUUAUCGGUUGCUGAUAUAGAAUCUGGGAGAAGGCAAUUAUAUUGAUGGUAGCAAGUGAUUGUAUAGAACAAAUAAAGCUUCAAUGCUGGGGUGGGUGAUUGUUCAUCUCUGGUAAAGCUAGUUGUGCAUUCAACGCCAACCAUUUAACUUGAUCUAGACGUCCAGUUUCAGCACAUUCUGUAUAAAUUUCAUGGGCAUUUGGCACUUGAAGCUUUGACAA